AUGGCCACAGAACUUUGCCCAGUUUAUGCACCCUUCUUCGGUGCUCUCGGCUGCACUUCCGCCAUUGUCUUCACUUGCUUCGGAGCUGCCUAUGGAACUGCCAAGGCUGGUGUCGGUGUCUGCGGAAUGGCCGUCCUCCGGCCCGACCUGAUUGUUAAGAACAUCGUUCCUAUUGUCAUGGCUGGUAUCAUUGGUAUCUAUGGACUGGUCGUAUCCGUCUUAAUCGCAAACGACUUGGGUCAGAGUAUUCCUCUGUACACAGGGUUCAUUCAGUUGGGUGCAGGUCUCGCCGUCGGUCUCGCCGGUAUGGCAGCUGGCUUUGCCAUCGGUAUUGUCGGUGACGCUGGUGUCCGCGGAACGGCCCAGCAACCCAGACUUUAUGUCGGCAUGAUUCUGAUUCUGAUUUUCGCUGAAGUCUUGGGUCUGUACGGUCUGAUUGUUGCUCUUCUCAUGAACUCUCGCUCGAGAAUCGACGCCAAGUGCUAA